UCGACAUAAGCAAGACUGGAGCCCCAAUACGAAAGCGCCUUUACGGAAUACACUGGGGCCCCUUGUACUCUCCUUGGCUGGUAGAUUUAAGUCCAUUUCGUUUACCGAGUUUAUAUUUAGGGGGGUAGGCGGCUGCUAAAGUGAAAAGGUCCCAAGCUGAGAGUCGAAGGAUUUCUGUUUUGAAUGAGGCAUACGGACCAGAUCGGUUUGGCUGGCAACAUGGCGGAAGUUUCCCCCAUGGGCGCUGUGGAUAUGAACGCGACAAACAUGGCAAAUUCGGCGGGUUUUCCGCCAGGAUCGCAGCAGUUGUUCAACAACUGGAUGGCUUACUUGCCCCAAUUUCAGCAGCAGCAACAGCAACAGCAGCAAGAUCAGCAGGGAAACAACGUAGCAGCUAUGAUCGGACCGAAGGGCGGCCACCACCAGCUGCCGAACGGCCUGAGUGCCUCGGCGGCAGAUCAGCUCGGGCUCUCCGGGACAUGGUCCGAGAAAUAUAUACAAGAGAAUCCUGACCUCUCCAGUCAGCUUUCCGAUUUCCUGAUGAUGCAGAAUGGAGAACAUCCAUACUUCCAAAAGAACACAGCCAGACACUCGCAGAGGCUCGAAGAAGUGGCCAACUUUAACUUCAGAAACAAUAAGAACCAAAUGACCCCGCUGCAGCAAACCAUGACAAAGAUGAUGACCUCCCCAUAUGGCAGUAUUGGCGAUAUUGCAGAUCAAUUCAGUGAUCUAUCACUCUCACCAAUCGAUCGUAAGAUGGGAAGAAGACCGCCCCCAACUUACCUUUGCCAUCUCUGCUUCAACAAGGGCCACUACAUCAAGGACUGUCCACAGGCACGUCCAAAAGGAGAGGGCCUGACACCCUACCAGGGUAAGAAGAGGUGCUUUGGGGAGUACAAAUGUCCCAAAUGCAAACGGAAGUGGAUGAGCGGAAACAGCUGGGCUAACAUGGGGCAGGAGUGCAUCAAAUGCCAUAUCAAUGUCUACCCACACAAGCAGCGCCCUCUGGAGAAACCGGACGGUUUGGACGUCUCUGACCAAAGCAAGGAGCAUCCACAGCACCUUUGCGAGAAAUAUUCCUCCGAGAUCCGAAGCUCAUUAUUCCCUCCUCUCAGAAACAAGUCUUCCAGAAAUUAUUUCGUCGACGAAUACUAGUCAGAUUGGUCAGCCAGGAUAUAUUUUGUUUAGAAGGUGACUGCUUUAUAUUCUGACACCCCUAUGUUUUGACAACCUUAUGUUCCCAGAAAUCCCUGAUGAUUUACACAUUUAGGGGUAGGAUUCAGAUUAAGGAAAAAAAGAAAAAAAAAACACCAGGGGGUGUCGGAACAUAGGGAUGUCAAAACAUAGGGGUGUAACCAUUUUUGCUAAAAAUUCUGUUUUGGGAAGGCAUGGUUUAUGUUUAUCCCUUUUCUCACAUCUUUUGUUGAAAGUAUUGGCCACAAAUGUAGAGAUUUAUACCAAACAUUUUAGUUCCUGUACAUUUACCUUCGGAUGAGCUAACCCCAGUACCACUGUGCCAUACACAUUCAUUCAAUUGUAGAGGGGUGUUCACUGUCUCUUUUGUAGCUUUGUAAACGAUUACCUGUUUCAUUUGGCGUGUCAUGGCCGAGAGGUUAAGAGCACCAGAUUCAAGCUUUGGUGGUUGAUCAGUAGAGUGUGGGUUCGAA